AUGACUGUAGGAUCAGAAAUUCUCUCCAAGUUCGGGAGGAAAGCAGAUGAUCCCCUCAUAAUACAGAAAUGUGAAGAUCUGAUAGGAAUAUUCAAUUUUUCCGUGGAGGAGCUUUUCAUCAAUUGGGAGUCCUAUGUUCUUACCAGUGCUAGCGAUGUCAAUCUUCAGCUAUCCCCAGAGAACUUGGAAAAGCUGAAAGAUUACUUACAGCAGAAGCUGGUGCAAGCUGCAGCUCAAAAGAAUAAUAGUGCCACUCCGAUGAUGAAAAACAAGAUAGUUAGGCCGGUUGCCAGAGGAAAUAUCAACGGUUCUAGCCCUCUGAUGGGGCUGAAUACUCCCUCCACUCCAGUCAGCUCUCAUAAGAAAAGGAAACUUGUCACCCCCAGCAGCUCUUCGGCGACCCCAUCAAAGCAUCCUCCCAGCUCUUCACCAAUAAAGAAAUCCGUUCAGGUUUCAGGAAAGAUCAUUGAAUCAUUGAAUGAUCAUAUUCCUUCCAUUGGUGGCCUCCAAAAUGAUACUGAUCAUACACCAAAUAUUUCAACUUCGAACGUCACACUAACAGCAAAUUUUGAUCCUAAGAAAUAUCAAUUUAGAACCAUGAGGCAGAAAUUACUAGACACGGCAGAUGUCCUGGAUGAACAGAUAGAUUCUAUGGCAAAGACUUUGCAAAAACAUCACAAAAUUGCAGAAUCGGAUUUUGGAAACCCUUGCAUAGCCUCCCAGUUUUCUGUAUAUUGUUGUGGAAGAAUUGUGCCUGAUUCUCCAUUUGCUCCAGUUGAACUUCGUCUGAAUCCAGAUUCGUUGUUUUUGGAGACUUCAAGGUUAGGUGGAAUUGGGCAGAGAAUUUCUAUUGAUGUUCAAUCUUUAGCAGAAUACUCUUUCUUUCCGGGUCAGAUUGUUGGUUUCAAGGGAAAAAAUCCAAGCGGAGAACGCUUCAUCGUAGAGCAAGUGCUGGACAUUCCAUAUUUAGGGGCCCCAGUCAGUAACAAAACUGAGUUAUUGGAGUACAAAACUAACCUCGAUGGAUCCUCUAUGAAAACCACGGUUCUGUCUGGACCAUAUACUCCUUCAACAAAAAUUGACUAUUCUCUAUUGGAAAGUUUUGUGCAAAAACUAAACACCGAGAUCAAGCCUCAUUCCGUUAUCAUGUUUGGACCAUUUCUAGAUAUAACCCACCCUUCGAUUAGAGAUGGUUCUAUCGAGUCGGUUCCAGAGCUCCAGGGAAAAAAAGUGGCCACUCUAGACAAUUUCUUCAGAGCUGUGAUUACACCCAUUCUGAAGAAAAUAGAUUCUAGAAUUCAGGUGAUUUUGAUUCCUUCAACCAGGGAUUCAAUCAGCAGUCAUGCUGCUUAUCCGCAAAAUUCUUUCGAACGCAAGUCUCUACAGUUGCCCAAAAACUUUAAAUGCUUCCCGAACCCAUGUUCUUUUCAGUUGAACGAAUGCCUCAUAGGCGUCUCUAAUUUGGAUUCUUUCAAAGAUAUCAAGGACGUGAACAGAGGUAAAAUUGGAGACUUGAACAGAUUUGAUCGUAUAGCAGACCAUAUUCUUCAACAAAGAAGAUAUUAUCCGUGUUUCCCAGGGUCUUUGAAAACAAGAAAAGGCCCUGAUGGCACUGUUGAGCAUAUAUGUGGUGCAGAUCUAGAUAUGCCCUAUAUGGGACUGUCAGAACUCUACGACGUUCUUCCUGAUGUAUUGAUAAUUCCUUCAGAGAUGAGAUAUUUUGUUCGGGUUGUGAAAAACGUGGUAGUCAUUAAUCCUGGUUACUUUUUAACAGGCAACAAUGCUGGAACAUAUGUAACUCUGUCUGUGAAACCUCCAAACCCUGAGGUGGACGAUGAUGACCUCACCUGCAUUAACGACGACGAUCGACUAUACAUUCAUAACAUCUGGAAGCGUGCCCGAGUAGAUAUAAUCAACGUAUAA